UUCGAUGUAUUGGGUCUAUCCGUAUUUAUAGAAGCUUUCAUUUUCGUACUUAUCUUAAUUGUUGGUUUAGUUUAUGCAUGGCGAAAGGGGGCAUUGGAAUGGUCCUAGUUCCUGAAUAUUCAGACAAUAAAAAGAAAAAACGAUUGAAAAAGUUAUGAAUUCCAUUGAGUUUCCUUUACUUGAUCCAACAGCCGAAAAUUCCGUUAUUUCAACUACAUUAAAUGACUUUUCAAAUUGGUCAAGACUCUCUAGUUUAUGGCCGCUUCUCUAUGGUACCAGUUGUUGUUUUAUUGAAUUUGCUUCACUAAUAGGAUCACGAUUUGACUUUGAUCGUUAUGGACUAGUACCAAGAUCGAGUCCUAGACAAGCGGAUCUAAUUUUAACAGCCGGAACAGUAACAAUGAAAAUGGCCCCCUCCUUAGUGAGAUUAUAUGAGCAAAUGCCCGAUCCAAAAUAUGUUAUUGCUAUGGGGGCCUGUACAAUUACAGGAGGGAUGUUCAGUACCGAUUCUUAUAGUACUGUUCGGGGAGUCGAUAAGCUAAUUCCUGUGGAUAUCUAUUUGCCGGGUUGUCCCCCUAAACCAGAAGCAGUUAUAGAUGCUAUAACGAAACUUCGGAAGAAAAUGUCUCGAGAAAUCUAUGACAAUCAAAUUAGGCCUCAACAAGUAAAUCGGUGUUUUACGACCAAUCACAAGUUUCAUGGUGCACGCAGUAUGAAUACUGGAAAUUAUGAUCAAGGCUUCCUCUAUCAACCCCCAUCUACUUCAGAGAUCCCUACUGAAAUCUUUUUCAAAUAUAAAAGUUCAGUAUCUUCUCACGAAUUUGUGAAUUAGGCAGGACUCCUUUGUACAGAAUAACAAGUAGCGAGUCAAUCUUCAUCAAUUUGAUCGAGAAUGUGAAAUUUUUUAAAUAAAAAUGCGGGAGAUAAAAAAGAUGCAGGGUCGUUUGUCUGCUUGGCUAGUAAAGCAUGGGAUAAUUCAUAGAUCUUUGGGCUUUGAUUAUCAAGGAAUAGAGACCCUACAAAUAAGGCCCGAGGAUUGGCAUUCCAUUGCUGUCAUUUUAUAUGUAUAUGGUUACAAUUAUCUACGCUCCCAAUGUGCCUAUGAUGUAUCACCUGGCGGGCUGUUAGCGAGUGUGUAUCAUCUUACCAGAAUCGAGUAUGGCGUAAAUCAACCAGAAGAGGUAUGCAUCAAAGUAUUUGCCGCAAGAAGGAAUCCUAUAAUUCCGUCCGCUUUCUGGGUUUGGAAAAGCGUGGAUUUUCAAGAGCGAGAAUCUUAUGAUAUGUUGGGAAUAUCUUAUGAGAAUCAUCCGCGCUUGAAACGUAUCUUAAUGCCUGAAAGUUGGCUAGGAUGGCCUUUACGUAAGGAUUAUAUUGCCCCUAAUUUUUAUGAAAUACAAGAUGCUCAUUGAAGGAUAAGGAAGUGAUUUCUACUUAUAUAAUCUCAGAGAUUCAAAGAUUGGACUUUCUGUUCUAGAUUAACCAGAAUAACCGGCGUCUCUUUUGUAUUAGGGGAUUUUUGAUAGACUAUCAAAAAAGCACAUAAUUAGGGAAUUCUUGUAAUUCUUCCAUUUAGUUGGAAACUGCUUAUUUUGUACGAGCCAAACAAAUAGGAUGAAUCAAACGGGUUCUGUAUCAUGAUCAUGAAUCUUGUACUGCACCUAUUGCUUAGACCGGUUCUAGAAACUCAUGUUGAGACGAAUUAGAGAAUUGAAUAGGAACGAAAAUACAAAGAAAUGAAAGGGUAUCGAAUUCCAUUUCUUUGUAUUGUAUCUGAAUCGAAUCUCGUCUAUUUCAACUUCGACUUUUUCUUCUUUCAACCAACCAAUUUAAUCAUACAAAUAUAUAUGAAGUAUUAACAUUCUUUUUGAUUGAAUGAAAAAUCAAAAAGAUAAAGUAGAAUUUCAUUCUAGAUACUUUAUUUGAAUUUAAGAAACUCUACCCAUCUAGAAAAUAGAUGGGGUAUAUCUUGCCAAAAUCGAUAUUAUGAUCAAGAUUUCAAAUCCAUAUGGAUAUGGAUCUCGAUUGAUAUCUUUGAAUUUCGAAAAGAAAGACCUCAUACAAAUCAAACAUAUGCCAGGAACCAGAUUUGAACUGGUGACACGAGGAUUUUCAGUCCUCUGCUCUACCAGCUGAGCUAUCCCGACUAUUCCGUGGCCUCCCACCCUCAUUUUAUGAGGAUGAUUGGGGUCUAGGUCAAUUAAAGGGACAAGGGGGCAUUCCAAAGUUUUCUCCAAGUCCUGUAAGUUUUUGGAAGACUAAGUCUCAGUAGGAGGAAUACUAUGUAUUGUGAAUCAUUCAAAUAGGGAUUCCUUGCUUAAUUUGGAUGUGUAUUCUAUAUCACAUGAUCACAUGUGAUCAGAGUUUAUUAUGCCCAAAUACGUUUGUCAAAGAAUCAGAAAGAUAAAGGAAUUUAGACCCCUUAACAAAAAAGGGGGAUAGCAUAAUUGGGAGUCAAAUAAGCUUUUUUGGGGAUAGAGGGACUUGAACCCUCACGAUUUUGAAAAUCGACGGAUUUUCCUCUUACUCUAAAUUUCAUUGUUGCCGGUAUUGACAUGUGGAAUGGGACUCUAUCUUUAUUCUCGUCCGAUUAAUCAGUUCUUUAAAAGAACUACGGGACUAUGGGUUGAAUGAUUUGAUGAAUGAAUAUUCGACUCUUUCUUCAAUGUGAAAUCAAUUCACGUCGAUUCUUGCAUUUUUAAUGUAAAAAAAUACCGAUACAGACGCGGGCGUUCUAAUGAUUUGAUAGAUUAUUCAAUAGAUACAUUUAUCCCUUCAUCCUUUCUGAUGUUUCGAUGGAAAGAUUCCUCUACCAAUGCAGUCAACUCCAUUUGUUAGAACAGCUUCCAUUGAGUCUCUGCACCUAUCCUUUUUUCCGUUUUCGAAACCUUUGUUUUGGGAAAUGAGAAAAUAGGAUUUGGCUCAGGAUUGCCCAUUUUUCUUAAUUCCGGGGUUUCUCUGAAUUUGAAAGUUAUCACUUAGUAGGUUUCCGUACUAAGGCUCAAUUCAAUUAAGUCCGUAGCGUCUACCGAUUUCGCCAUAUCCCCUUCCUUUUCUUUUGUUUUGAGAUUCAAAUCAUAUUAUUCUAUCAUUAUUUUUUUUCUUUCAUUUCUAUUAUAACCCUUGAAUUUAAUAAAUAGCGAUUACUAUCUCGAAAAAAAGAUUUUCCUUCUUACCUAUAGGUAACCAUAUUUGAUCCAAUCAAGUUGGAUUUUAUCAUUUCUGUAUCGGCAAUUCAAUAUAGAUUGAUAUAUACCCCAUAUAUAUUUUUCUCUUCCUGCUGUUUUUACAAAACAGUUUUGAUACUUAAACGGUCGAUUUUUUUUCUUAACUUCCCUCUUUACGAACGAAAGCCGCAGAAUGUCUGAUUAGUUAGAAAGAAUUAACUAAUUAGGAAUUGGAAUGAAAGAAAAAAAGAAAUGAAAUUCUAGAGAUCUAAUUCUAGAGAUCUAUAGGAUACAGAAUAUAGAAGUGUAACAAAAAGAAUUUCCAAUAUCAUGUAAAUCCAAAAUAGAAAAUCCAAUUUUACCGGCUAAAAGCUAAAAAUAGUUAAGAUUGACUAUCGAAUAUACUAAAUAUUUCAAUUGUGACAAAAAAAUAGAAAUUCUAUAUCGAUAUAGAAAUCGUUAUGUUCUAUAAUAUUGAAAUAUUGAAUAUUUAUUGGAAAUUCGAGAUUCUAUUCUUUUCCAUAUUUAUGGAGACACUAUAAUUCGACUAUACUAUAGUAUAUCGAAUUCCUAUGCCUAGACAAUUUUGAUUAUGUAGGCCCGCUUAGCUCAGAGGUUAGAGCAUCGCAUUUGUAAUGCGAUGGUCAUCGGUUCGAUUCCGAUAGCCGGCUUUUUCCAAUUUUUCUUUUUUUAUUCAAAUCUUGAAAAAUGGAUAAUCUCCCUUUUCAAUCAAAGAAUAUUAAAAAAGUGUCUUCCCUCUUUCCAAAAUCCACGAAUUUGUUCAGUUUAAGUUCUAGGAACUCCUAACUAUGUAACGAAAAGGAUCUUCUAUUCUAUAUCUAUAUAAUAAUAAUAGAAAUUUCUAUAUAAAUAGAAGAAUAUUUCUAUAAUAAUAGGAGUUUGAAUAUUUAUCCAAUUCUUUUUUAUUCUUCUGUAUAGUACAAAUACACUACUUCAGCAAACUUCGCUUCAUUUAGUUCAAUUUGAUUUUAGCUUUAUUUUUUAAAAUCAAAUUCUAAAAAAAAAAAAGAAGAAAAUGAAUUCUAAAUAAGAAUAAGGA